CCGGGCAUGCUGGGAGUUGUAGUUUUGCAACAGCUGGAGGCACCCUGGUUGGGAAACACUGCCUUUGACUCACGUUAUACCUUAGUGAAUUUGGCUGUAAGGGCAUGCUGGGAGUUGUAGUUUGGCAACAGCUGGAGGCUCCCUGAUUGGGAAACACUGCCUUUGACUCAUGUUAUACCUUAGUGAAUUUGGAUGUCCAAGCAUGCUGGGAGUUGUAGUUUGGCAACAGCUGGAGGCACACAGGUUGGGAAACACUGCCUUUGACUCACGUUAUACCUUAGUGAAUUUGGCUGUAAGGGCAUGCUGGGAGUUGUAGUUUUGCAACAGCUGGAGGCUCCCUGAUUGGGAAACACUGCCUUUGACUCACGUUAUACCUUAGUGAAUUUGGCUGUAAGGGCAUGCUGGGAGUUGUAGUUUGGCAACAGCUGGAGGCUCCCUGAUUGGGAAACACUGCCUUUGACUCAUGUUAUACCUUAGUGAAUUUGGAUGUCCAAGCAUGCUGGGAGUUGUAGUUUGGCAACAGCUGGAGGCACACAGGUUGGGAAACACUGCCUUUGACUCAGGUUAUACCUUCGUGAAUUUGGCUGUCCGGGCAUGCUGGGAGUUGUAGAUUUGCAACAGCUGGAGGCACACAGGUUGGGAAACACUGCCUUUGACUCACGUUAUACCUUCGUGAAUUUGGCUGUCCGGGCAUGCUGGGAGUUGUAGUUUUGCAACAGCUGGAGGCACACAGGUUGGGAAACGCUGCCUUUGACUCACGUUAUACCUUAGUGAAUUUGGAUGUCCGGGCAUGCUGGGAGUUGUAGUUUUGCAACAGCUGGAGGCACACAGGUUGGGAAACGCUGCCUUUGACUCACGUUAUACCUUAGUGAAUUUGGAUGUCCGGACAUGCUGGGAGUUGUAGUUUGGCAACAGCUGGAGGCACCCUGGUUGGGAAACACUACCUUGCACUCACAUAAUACCUCAGUGUGUGCUAUUAAUGCAACGUAAACACAAAAUAACUCACAGUAUGCCCACAUACAGCCGCCGCCAUCUUCACAUACACGAUAGCUGGACCACAAGAACCCGGACCCUACACCCACCAAUAAAGCGCCGAUUACUUUAGGGUCACUUUUCGCCCCUUGGAUUUGCCCUCUGACCCCUCCUCUCUACACUCAGGUGUUUACCUGGUGGGGGGGGAUGGACACAGUCACAAGCUGGGAUUGAUUGACACCUCACGUUAACCCCUUCUUUUCUGAACAGAACCGAGGCGUGUAGAAUUCGUAUACGUGUAUAGGACCUUUUUGUCGUGGCCAUUUUAGGUGUUGUCUAUUGUUAACCACUGUCCGUGUGUCAUACUGUCAUGGCGGGAGUACAAUGGUGAAGGCCUGCUAGAUGUUGUAGUUCCACUAGGCCUCAGACUAUGGUUGUAGAUGGCACCCAAACCCCAAUCCCUGGUCCUCAUUCCGGCUAUUGAGCCUGACCCAAGGCCUCCAGACUCCCCUCCCCCUUAAUCCUAUUCCAAAUACUCUAGUAUCUGUUAAUGCCAUGGUGUCUGUGACCCCCUCUCUCCCCCCCUUCGUUGGGGGGAACCCACUGUCUCAGGCGGCUCCGUCCGUAGAGGAGAAGUUGGUCUUGCAGCCAUCUCUGACGCUCCUGGUUUUCAUCCUCCUCCCAUGUGUGGUUUUACUCUUCCUCAUCAAUUGCUUUUUGCUCUUCUACCGCCUUCCUGUCCUGCCCCUAAAGAAACGGGCCAAGAGGCGAGGAGGGGGGUCCAGGGGCAACAACCCCCCCUAUAGGAACGAGGCUAGACAUAAUAACUGGCCGGGGCCUGGUUGCCCAGAUAAGUCCACCUAUGACAGCUACUGUGCGGCCAUCAGUCAAGGUUUGGAGGCCACGUUGGCCCUUGGCGAAAGUGCCCAUGCGUCCUGUGAUAGGCUUCAGUCUACCAGGGAAUGGUGCCAUAAGCAGAACGAGACCCCGGUGAGACCCUACUGUCUGCACCCGCCCCGUGCCUCGCCUAUGCCUUGUUUCCUCUCUGGAUCUCCCAGCAUGUGCCAAGAGCGAGUGAUCAGCUGGAACGAAGUGGAAGAUGGCGGAGGAGGUGGCGGAAUAUCGUACAGCGAGCAAGAGUCCAGGCAAAAUGCCGCGCCACCCAACACACCGGCGGCUCCGCAAAUGGUCCCCGGGGUGAAGAAUUGCAAUAAGACCAGUACACAGAGGAAGCCUCUGGGAGCCCCGUUCACCCCUUUGGGGUCCGUACUUUUUGACCACGCCAGCAGUAUCCCCCCGGAUGAUUUGCCAACUCGAUUUUCAGCCAACAGCAGUUUCCUGGGUCCGGGCCUGGACAGUGACUUCGGGGUCAGUGCAGGUAUCUCUCUGCACAUCUUAUCCUCCGACAGUGACUCCUGCUCCCAGUCCUGGGCCUCUGGGAUGGAAUGGGAUUACUACGACCCCUGUUAUAUGAGGAAGAACCGGCUCCGCCGGGAGAACAGACACAACCACCAAAUCCCAGUCAUCUGCAGCAAGCAAUACUGGGUAUAAAUGACUGUACCCCAACCUGAGGACCACGCAGACCUUCACCUGUCCCCCAAAUAUUGUCAUCUACACAGAUUCCCUGCACCCUAAUCCAUACGUUCACAUCUUUUUCGGACCUUGAUAGGUUCCCUAAGCCCCCGCACUAUCACACUGCCAUCGCCCUUACAUACCGAGCCCCUCAUGUGUUCAGAGAAUACUGUUCUGCACCCCCAGAAUUCCUCCUCACUUGCUUGGACAUCAUAGUACGAACCUUUACCCCAUAUUUACCCAUUACGAGCAGCACCCUAUUUAUUACCCCUAUGUCCAUUGGACACUUUUGCACCCCUAUAUUCACUAGGCCUCACUGUUUGUUAUAUAUAUUUAUUUCCUGUACCCAAAUACUCUCCCAUCACUCUUUAGUUCUCAACCAUUAUAGAAAACACUGACCUGUACCCCUAUUUUACCCUCUAACCUUCACCAUGUGAUCGACACACAUCCAUAUCCCCCCCAGCACUUCCCCUUUACCCUACCUGCACCCACUAUUCCCACCUGUACCCCAAUAUUCAAUGUUCAAUCUAUAGGACCCCAAUCGCACCAAAGCCGCCCCCUUGCCCAUCGUCUCACACGUGUUAAAAAUCUGCACCUAAGCCCCUAAUACACAUUGCCCCCUUUAGCGACCCUUUCUAUGAAUGCAUGGGAUUAACCCUUCCUCCACCUGUCUACCCAGCCCCCUGUAGCUUCUUAUCGCCCCCCCAAAUUAUGCCACCCCCCCCCCCCCCCACUCCUCAGUCUGCCGACUCCGUCUCUCAGGUUGUAUGUUAAGAUUUUUUUACUAUUUAUUAGGCAAAAGUCUAAAAAAAUAUUAAUAUUUUUUUAGAUUUAUUAUAAUUUUUUUUUUUUUUUUUUUAGAUUAUUAUUAUAAUUUUUUUUUUAAAGGGAAAUUUGUUAUUUGUGGCACAUAAACAAGCAGCAUAAUGACUAGCCUGGCGCUGCUGCCCCCUGUGUCUGUUUCUAUGGUAUAUUUUAUGUAUGUGUUGUAUGUGUAUAUAUCAUAUAUAUAAUGUAUAUGUCACUUUUACAUGUAAACCCCAGCAAAAUAUCUGAAUGAUAGGGAUGUGGCGGAUAAAACCU